GCCAUUACCUGCGUCGUUGAUCGAAGCCGCACUUCAAAAAUGGAUACACGGUCUAGCAGUGAGGAUGUGCUAUUUUCGCGAUAUUAAUUUUGGAAUAAUUACAGCCAGUUGUCGCAUUGUUUAGUCUGCCACUGAAAAUACAUAUUCUCGCAGUGAAACCCUAUGAUUGUUAGCGGGUAUUCUUAGUAUUCCAUCCAUCGUGAUUAGUAAGGUUGUGUCAGUGCUUGGGCGGAAUUUCGAUUUUCCAUCAGAACCGUGCAGUAAUAUUAAGCGCAAACCAAUGAAAAUGUGGCACGAAGCACGGAAACAGGAGAAGAAGAUCCGGGGCAUGCUGGUGGAUUACCGGAAGCGUGCCGAGCGACGGCAGGAUUUCUACGAGCGAAUAAAAGCGGAUCCAACGCAGUUCCUUCAAGUUCACGGUCGCAAAUGCAAGAUUCACCUAGACGCAAGCGUGGCAGCAGCUGCUGAAAAUCCAGCCAUCAUGAUGCCUUGGCAAGGCCAAAAGGACAACCUGAUUGAUCGUUUCGAUGUACGCGCCCAUCUGGAUUACAUCCCGUCCGUGACCAGUAAGCCGGACCAACCGGUCGAGGAUGACGUGCUCGAUAUGGAGGAACGGAGCAUGAAUUACGAGCGGUUUCGCGUCCUCGCGCAGAACGAGUUUCUCGGUAUCAGCGAGGACAAGUAUCUCCACCAGUUAUACCUAGAGGAACAAUUCGGCGUUAAUGCUCAGGUGGAAGCCGAACAGAAGUCUUCCUCGUCGAAGAAGAAAGCAUCAUCGGGAGGGGUUGCGAUUGGUUACACCUACGAAGAAAGCGAACCUAGCGGGGUAGUUCCAUUCACCCAAACCAUAUCAGCCAUCGAGCAGUCGUCCGCUACCACAAAGUAUGACGAGUGCAUGAAGAGUGAUUCGGAUUCGGAUCUGGAUAUGGACGUUUCGAUUGACAUCAAUAAAGUGGGGAAUGCUCAAGCCCACGAGAUGAAUACAUGUGGUAGGCAUUACGGUAUGAAAAGUAAUGAUUUCUACUCAUUCCUGACAAAGGAUGCGGACGAAGCGGAGGCAUUGAAAAUGGCACGGGAAGAAGAACAAGAGAAUAUCAUGUUUAGCGGGAGAAAGAGUAGAAGAGAACGGAGAGCGCAGCGGGAAAGAAAGUUUGCGGGGAGACCAUUGAGUCCACCAAGCUAUGCAGCGAAAGAGGAACUAGUUCCUAGGACCUACGACGAUCCAAAUGAUAGCUCAAGAUCGCCAUCGCCUGUCAAUUCAGGGAAAAUUACCUAUAUUACCUCAUUUGGUGGUGAAGAUGAACUUCAACCACAUUCAAAAAUAUCGAUUAGCUUUAAUAAAGAAAGUCUAAGCAAACCGGGAACUUCGAAAGCGGGAAGCAGUACUUACGCUGAGAAGGUAAAACAAAAUCUAGAAAAGCUAAAAAGCAUGAGUACGAAAGAAGAAGAAAGCAAAAUACCUGUUCAAUAUCAAAGAAGGUCGAAGAGUGGUAGCGAUAGGAGUAGGAGUCGAAGUCGAAGUCCACGAACGUGGAGAAGGCGGAAAAGUCGCAGCCGAUCGAAAACAAAACGAACGUUCUCGAAGUACAAGCGUCAAUCGCACUCAGAGUCACGCUCAUCUAGGUCCAGGUCUCGCUCGAGAGGACGUAAAGCGGGUCGUCGUUCUCCAGAUUAUUCAUCUCGACGUAAAAAAGCUCGAUCCUCUUCUUCGUCAUCUUCAUCAUCUUCGCCAGCUAGGAAACCGUCCCGUAAAACUUCUAGUUCCGAAUCCGUUUCUUCUCGUAGCAGCAGGAGUCGGAGUCGAUCCAAAUCUAAGCGGGUAUUGCCGGUUGCGGCAAAACCACAAAUUAAAACGGAACUCGCGGUGGCGGAACAGAUUCCGAAGAGGAAGUCUCCAUCACCGCCAUCAUCGCUUCCGUCGGAAUUGAGUGCUGCUUCUAAGAAAGUGGAACCUUCUAAAGUGCCUACGUUUGUCGAACCGGAACCCGAAGUACCCAUUCGACGGUACUAUGGUAGAAAGCGCGAUGGUCAAAGCUCCAGCGAUACAGAUUUGAGCACGGAUAGCUCAGACGAAGAGCCACAGAAAAGGAGCGGCGAUCCAGUGAUGGAAUCGUCUACCAACGUGCAAAAAGCGGACCAACCAAGUGGCCUUCCUCCCGGACUAGUGACCAUUAAACAGGAGCGGAUGGAACCUGGUCCUAGCGGCACUUCGUCGCACUUAUCGUCGUCCACCACAUCGUCAAGGUUUGGUAAAUCGUCGGUCACAAGCACCGGUGGUAGCACGAUCAGCACAUCCGAGUCCAAAAGCUCUGGUUCUCAUUCUGUUGGUACCUCAAAAGCAAUUAACCCAAGGGAUCGCUUAAAGCGUAAAAUGCAGAUCCUGUUGAACAAGCAAUUUAAAGCUGAUAAAAAGGCAGAAAUCGAAAAGGUUGAACGUCAGAUUCAGCAACAACAGGAACGGGAGGAUGAAAUGCGUGAACUAGCAUUAAAACUGCGGCGCAGGCAACGUGAAUUGCGUCAUAAAUACGGAACACCGGAAAGUGAUAAGAGUCCAUCUCAAUCUAACGACAACAGUUCGGAUGGAGAUCCUCCGAAAGAAACCCGGCUGCCACCCGUGAAGGAGCCUACACCUCCAAAAAAAGCACCGUCCCCAUCAAUUCCAUCAUCAACGUCUAGUUUCAGCAAAAGCGCAGUCAUUGAAAGGAAACCCGUAUUGCGGCGUCUUGCACAAGUUGAGACGCCUCAAGCUCCUCUCAGCACGGCUCGAAGCACGCGUCGGCGCUCUUGGAGUCACAGCCGAAGUCGGUCGCCCCCAUCAUCUUCCAUCGGUGGACGCACUUUUGCUUCAUCGACCGGCAGUAAAAGACGUUCACCUCCACCGAGACCACGACGUCGUUCUCGAUCGAGGUCUCGUGAAAGAGAUCGCGAUCGAGACCGAGGUCGUUAUAGUAGUAAGUCCUCUCGUGAUUAUGAACGUGGCGAAAGCAGUCGCCAUUAUAGGCGAAGAUCCCGAUCAACCUCUCGCGAUCGUCGCCGAUCGCGCUCGAGAACGCGUCGGUCAAGGUCCAAAUCAAGAUACACUUCGGGUAGUAAUCGCAGGGAUAGGUCACCUAAGGUAGUGAAAAAACUGGUUGACUAUUGAAAUACGCAGUGGUUCCUUUAUAAAUGUUUUGUUGUACCUUGGAAACAAGAUGGUUUUUGCCAUAUUAUCGGAUCGUGAUGACCGUUUCCAUUUGUUGAAAUAUAUAAAACAGUUACAAAUUCUAUUAUAUGAAGAAAACUAGGAAUACCGAAGGAGACAGAAAUGAAUUGAAAAUAAACUUCUUUUUUUUCAGGA